AUGUGUGAUGGUGUGGAACCUAAUUUUGACGCUAUGAAUGACGGAGUUGAACCUGUUAUGAUUGAUUUGACUGAUGUGUUUACCAUCGGCAUGAUGUUCGAUACACAAGAUGAAUUAUUGAAAUGGGCUAGAACUGUUGGAAGGGAAAAUGGAAUUGUUGUUAUGAUUUUUAGAUUUGAAACUGCGACAACACGACCAAGAACAAAGACAAAAUUAAUUCUUGGUUGUGAAAGAAGUGGUAAAUAUAAACCUUGGAAGAAUCCUAAUCUUACUAGGAGUACUUGGACUAGAAAAUGUGAUUGUCCAUUUAGAUUGAGAGGAACACGAUCAAAUAUUGAUGAUGGAUGGAAGGUAGAUGGUUCAGAUGAGUUGAGGGACAUAUUUUGGGCCCAUCCAGACGCUAUCACUCUUGUGAAUAAUUUUCACAUAAUAUUGAUUAUGGAUAGCACUUACAAGACCUGUAGGUAUCGAAUGCCAUUACUUGAGAUUAUUGGUGUUACAUCUACUGAAAUGACAUUUUGUGUGGGAUUUGCAUAUCUAAAGUCUGAGCGUGUUGAUAACUUCACAUGGGCACUACAAAUGGUGAAAGAACAUAUUACAAGUGGCGAAGUUGAAGUCAUUGUUACUGAUAGAGACCUUGCUUUGAUGAACGCAGUUGAAAAUAUUUUUCCAAAAGCAGUGAAUUUAUUAUGCUUGUUUCAUAUAUGCAAGAAUGUCAAAGCCAAGUACAAGAUGACUGUGUUUCCAAAAAAGAAGCAAGUGCAAAAAAUGGAGGCAUGGGAGGCUCUUAUUUACAGUUAUGAUGAUGCUCAAUACUACAUGAAGUUGGCUAUCUUUGAAGGAAUUUGUAGUAGCUGUUCUAUUUUUUAUGAUUAUGUACACGAGCAGUGGUUAAUUCCUCACAAGGAAAGAUUAUACGCGAAUUUGCGUGGUGUUGUGUCAAAAAAUGUAAUUGAUCACAUUGCGGCAGAGUAUGACCGCGUGAAGCAUGUAGGUAUUGAUCAGACUGAGUGUCGUUCCACAAUUAGGACAACACAUGGUCUACCUUAUGCAUGUGAAAUAGCCAGGUAUAGUAUGAUCCCACGUUCCAUUCCAUUAGACGUUAUUCAUGUUUGGUGGAGUAAAUUAAUUUUCCAUGUUGAUGCAUCGAGUAAACCUUUAGAGUUAUCUGUGAAACAUGAAAUAGAUGUCAUAGUGAAAAAGUUUGAAGAACUUGAUGUACCUAACAAAAUUUCACUUAAAGGUAAAUUACGAGAGAUCGCGUAUCCAUCGACUACGUCGAUGUUUCCACCUGUUGCCAAGGUUUACUUAAAGUCAUAUUCCCCUAUACCACCAACAAGUAAUUUGUGGAAAAAUUAUUGCAAUGAAGAAGCACGACAAUGGGAAUUUAUUUACAGGGAUUGCAUGCAACAUUGGUUGCAGAUAUUUCCAGAAACUAUAAAUGAAGUUAUUGUAAACUGA